UAAAUGUGUCCGCGGAAUUGUCCAAAUGCUUCUCCGCUGCUUGGCGUGAACGGCAACUUCGUCGUUUGUUUAUUGCCAUUUAUUUUGCCGAGGAGAGUAACUGGUGAAGCCGAAACAUGCCCCACAUUUCUCAGAAGACAGAGCCCCCUCUGCCCCUGUCCUGUGUGCGCCUCCUGGUCCCACCACUUCGGCUGGUCUCUGCAGCAAUCUGGGAAACUGUCCAGCAGAAAGUUGUGGCCAAUUACGGGCUGCUGGAUGACUUUGUGACAGCAGUCACAGAGAUUGUCCCGGAGCUUCUUAAUCGGAGACAGAGGUGUUUGCUGAGCCUUGGCCUCCGUGUCCAGCUGACACUGGAGUUGUGUCGCCCAGAGCAGACAAUAGACCUUGAGACAAUUCAGCCACAUCUGGAUAUAGUCACUUCGCUAUGGAACACAGAGAUAAGUGAUUCAGGGGAUGGAUCGUCAUCAUCUAACCUGCUUGGUCUUAUUCACACGCUAAUUAAAGACCAGGAGGAGAGGCAGCACUUCUUCCAGGAGGUUUUCCCAGCAAGAUUUGGAGACAAAUACUCUAAAGAUAUAAAGAUGCUUGUGGAAAUCUUCCUCUUGCAACUUGACAAGUUACUCACUGUACCUAAUCUUAAACAAGUUGCCUGUAUGCUCAGCGAUGAACCUUCAGUUCUGUCCGAAUGCGUGAAGUGUUUCUGUCAAUCCCAGGAACUUAAAUCUCUUCUGGAAUAUCAGAAAGAUCUGAGGCAACUAAAUGAAAAUGAUAACCCAACAGUUGGUGCCAGCAUUCGUUCAGCUCUCUGUCUGCCACCUUUGACAACAGUCUUGACAGAACAAGAACAAACACCACUAGAAGCGAAUGUGUUAACUGAUUACAUGGAUGCAUUCAACAAAGAACUGACAGUGGAGACUGCUAUGCUGGGGAAAAGUGCAGAUUAUGUUAAGACAGAGAGUGACGAACCAAAAAGCAGAGAAGCAGAAACCAGUUUGAAGAAUCAGUCCUUCAAUAACAGGGAAGGAGUAGAGGAUGAGAUCUCAUACUCUGUUCCAAAUGUUGGGUCUUUGGAUGGGGAUAAGAUGAGUGUAGACUCAUGUGCCGUUGAGGUCCAGGUAGGUUAUAAUGUUGAAAUUCCUGCUGAGGAAACUGUUACCACAGACAAUAAGCCUUUUAUUGAAGACUCAGCUACGGAUAUCAGAGAGGACAAGCAAGUUAAGGCAUUAGUCAGACCCACAGAUGACAGUGAUUACAAAGUCAUGAGCGCUAGUGAGACCAAAAACCACUCAAAAGAAGAGAGCAAGGAGGUCAGUACCAGUACAAUAAUUGAUGAAGAAGUGAAAAACAUCAAUGUAUCUAAUGUAGUGCUGUCACCUGUACUGUAUGCACCUGUUGUGAUCGCAUCCCAAAGACCGGUCAGACAGUAUCGAGGUAUGAAGAUGAAAAACGCUUCAAUAACGCCCAAAUAUGAGCAGUCAAAGAGGGGUCCUCGAGUUCCGUCAACCAGCAAGACUUGUCCCACAUGUGGUAAGACAUACAGUCGUGCGUCAGAUAUGAGAAGGCAUCAGAGGACCCACACAGGAGAGCGGCCUUUCCAAUGUUCGCAGUGUAAAAAAUGCUUUCAGUUCCAGUACGACCUGAAGAGACACAAGUUAAAUGUGUGUCGAAUCACUGUGCCACAGCCUCAGAACUGGUCCUCUGAGGUACUUGAAGACAAAAACACUCAAGAUCCAAAGAAGGGGGAGGUUGGUGGCCAGCUCCAAACUCUACCGUUGGCUGUUAGGACUCAUGAAAAGGAAUGUCUAGCCAAUCAGAAACAAGCAGAGGUUCAUUCUGGAAAGGUAGUCCCUCUUCCUACUGAGCAAGAUCUCAAACCAUUCAGCAGCAAAGUCCAGUUAGGAGACAUAAAGGAGCAAAGCCCCAAACCUCAUCAGGACAAUCGGAGAGACAAGAAAUCAAAGGGUAUUAAGUCGAAAAAAACACAUAAACGCAACCCUGCUGAUACUUCACUGUAUUGUGUGGAAUGCAACAGGUCAUUCCCAGACACGGCAAGACUUAAAACGCAUAAUCUGAGACACAAGCCUCGUCCGUGCACUAAGUGUGGUGAGAGUUUCAAAGAUUUCAUAGACCUCAACCAGCACUAUGUUGAAGUCCAUGAUUUCAGGGGACCUUUUCCCUGCACCUUGUGUGAACGAACUUACACGGAUCUAAGAGGUCUGAUCAGGCACGAGAGGUUCCACACAGGCGAGCUCCCUUUUAAAUGCCCCAAGUGCCCCAAAGCGUUCAGUUACGCAUCUGCCCUAACGCUGCAUGACCGAACUCAUACAAAAGAGGCUCCAUUCCUCUGCUGGGAUUGCGGGAAGGGCUGCAAGUCCAACGCCGCCCUCAGAAUCCACAGAUUGUGUUGUCACAGCAGUGCCAAGGACAAGCGCUUCUGCUGUGAGCACUGCGGGAAAGCUUACGCGCUUAAAAGAAGCUUGGACCUCCACGUGGCGAAACUACACACCGGCGUGCGCUACCCGUGCUCCCACUGCGGCAAACUGUUCCGAAGUGCGAGCUCGUUGACGAGACACGAUCUGACCCACACGGAGGAAAGACCAUACUCGUGCAGUGAAUGCGGCAAGAGUUUUAGAUCGGCGUCGGAACUGAAGAUACACACUCGCUAUCACACCGGGGAGAGGCCAUUCAAGUGUCAAGAAUGUGGCAAGGGGUUUGUGCAGUCUUAUUACCUCACUGCACACAUGAGGAUGCAUACAGGGGAAAAGCCGUAUAAAUGUCUGACAUGUGACAAAUAUUUUAAAACCACAGGUAUAUUGAAGCGGCACCAAAUAACCCACACAGGAGAGAAACCCCACAAAUGUUCAGUCUGUGAAAUGGCCUUCAGUCGGCCAGAGCUUGUUAAAGCUCAUAUGAAGAAAUUUCAUUAAAUCUGUGAAACUGGUUUGUAUUAUGUUUUGUUUUUUUCAUAAGUAACCCAAAUCUUUCACAUGAUCCAUAAAAUAAAAUAUUACUGGAAGAAAUCUCAAA